CAAGCACACUCACACCACUGGGAGAUCCGAACCUCUAGCUGGCUCUCUGCUGCCACAGCUCCGCAGGGUCGGGGGAAGAGGAGGGAGCCUUGCCGGGACUAACCCAGAGCUGAGAGCAGAGGCAGGUGUGUGCAGGUACACCAUCUGGACCAUGAGGUCAUCUCUCUCCUUGCUCCUCCCACUUCUCCUCAUUUUGGCCUCAGUGACCAGAGGUCAGCCAACAAGACGACCGAGACCCAAGCCCAGGCCCAGGCCUCGGCCCCGGCCCACACCCAGCUUUCCUCAGCCCCAUGAGCCAUCGGAGCCGACAGACCUGCCCCCUCCCCUCCCACCAGGCCCUCCAUCUAUCUUUCCUGACUGUCCCCGGGAAUGCUACUGCCCCCAUGACUUCCCUUCUGCCCUCUACUGUGAUAGCCGGAACCUUCGCAAUGUCCCCGUCAUCCCACCCCGCAUCCAUUACCUCUAUCUCCAGAACAACUUCAUAACUGAGCUCCCAGUGGAGUCCUUCAAGAAUGCCUCAGGCCUGAGGUGGGUCAACCUGGACAACAACCGAAUUCGCAAGAUAGACCAGAAGGUGCUGGAGAAACUGCCCAGCUUGGCGUUCCUCUACAUGGAGCGGAACCAGCUGGAAGAGGUGCCCUCCGCCUUGCCUCGGAACCUGGAGCAGCUGAGGCUGAGCCAGAACCAGAUCUCCAGGAUCCCGCCGGGCGCCUUCAGCAAGCUGGAGAACCUGCUGCUCCUGGACCUCCAGCACAACAGGCUGAACGACAACGUCCUCAAGCCCGACACCUUCCACGGCCUCAAGAACCUCAUGCAGCUCAACCUGGCCCACAACACCCUGAGAAAGAUGCCACAGAAGGUCCCCACCGCCAUUCACCAGCUCUACCUGGACAGCAACAGGAUCGAGACCAUCCCGAAUGGGUACUUCAAGGCCUUCCCCAACCUCGCCUUCAUUCGCCUCAACUAUAACAAGCUGUCCGACCGGGGACUCCCCAAGAACUCCUUUAACAUCUCCAACCUGCUCGUGCUCCACCUGUCACACAACAAGAUCAGCAACGUGCCUGCCAUUAGCAACAAGCUGGAGCACCUGUACCUGAACAACAACAGCAUCGAGAAGAUCAACGGGACCCAGAUUUGCCCUAACAACCUGGCCACCUUCCACGACUUCUCCUCGGACCUGGAGAACGUGCCACACCUCCGCUACCUGAGGCUGGACGGAAACUACCUGAAGCCGCCCAUCCCGCUGGACCUCAUGACGUGCUUCCGCCUGCUGCAGUCCGUGGUCAUCUAGGCCGUGCUCUGCCCUGGGCCCCGCUCUCACGGCUCUGGGAUGCUGGUGGCCCGGCGCUUGUGCCCGCCACCGUUUUCUCUGUCCCCUGUCUUUCUCCCGGCAAUGCCUUUGUCCCCCGCCUCCCUGAGGCAGGACCAGCCGCGCACUCUGCCGCACCCAGCCCAAAGACACCCACUGCACACUCACACUCCUGGCCCAGAAGCACGGAUGUCUUUCCAGAGAUGUCAUAGUCCCUUCUCUCCCUGCUCUCCCCUGUCCCUCCCGGGUAAGUCUGGGCCUGGACUGACAUCUGGAUCUCGGUCCCGGUGAAGCAAGAGAAGGGUUGGGGGUGGCCCAGAGGUGAGGCUCAGAAAGUCCUGCAGGAGACUCCUCUUUCGUGCGCUGCUCUGACCCCAAAAGACCCAAGCACCCAGGUCCUCCGGGCCCAGAAUCUGUCUUGCCAAACUGCUGCUCCACCACCUGUCCCCUGGCACCAGACAUGGCGCUGGCUCUCUGCCGGGUGUGUUCUCCAGAAGGAAGGGAAAGGGAGGGCAGGGGGCAGGGUUCCCUCGAGGGCGUGCCUCUGGCUUACACUUCACCCGGAGGACCUGGGACCCUCUUUCUCCAGGGUGAACACCACUCACCCUCCUAACUGGGCCUCUUUAUCCCAAGAGGCUGAGCAGAGAGGACCAGGAUGGGAGAAGAAUGGCUCAGGAACUGGGAACUAGGAAUGAGCUGGGGGAGGGGGUGUGCCCGUGGGGUGCAAAUGGGUCCUGCAGCCCCCUUGGCCACUCUGAACAGGAGGCCGAGUGCCUGGGGAACACAAUGUCCGCGUCUGCCAUCCGGUCCCUACCAGUGUGGAUGGCCCCGUCUGUCCGGCCCCGUCGGUCCAGCCCCAGAGAGGUUCCUGAGAAACCCCGAGGAGAGACAGGGCCCCUGGAACUCUAUCAGAAGCCUCUCCCGCGUGUGCAGAUUGGCUGCACUCGGAGACGGCACAUCAGUGACACCUGGUGGCUGAUGCAGGACACAGAUGGUUCCUCCUCCACCUCCCUGGGGUGGUUUUCCAAGGUCAGGAACGUCCAACCUGAAGAGCCAGGGGCCAUGUCAUGGACUCUCUCUCCUCUGGGGUCUAAAAGGCACAGAGCUGCAGUGGUCCUGAGUUGGGAAAGAAGUAGUGGUGGUGGGACGGCGGGGGGAGAUGUUCCAUCAUGGCAGAGCAAUGGUGGGAAACUUCCGGAACCGAGGUGAGGAUGUCGUCUGUUAGGGUUGCUGUCUGACCCUGCCAUGCCUUCUGUUCUCAGCUCCCACAACCUGUAACCCUCCAAGGCCCCUGUAGACCUUGCUCCAAUGCAAGACAGUAUCACCCCUUCCCCUGCAGUUAUUUAUUCCCUGUGUGGACUGUCCCAGCCCCAAAGCUCCCCCUCCCUGCCUGGCCCUGGGGCUGCGUGGCUGGCCUCAAGGGAGCCUGGGCCGCAAGGGCUGACCCGCCUUCACCUCCCUCUCAGCUGCCUCCAGGGGAUGCUCCUCUACAACCCGAGUGUGUGUGUCCGCGGGCGGGGUGGAUGUUCUGGAAAUGAGUAGUACGCAGAGCCUCCCCUCAGGGUAGUUCUAGAAAAGGUCCAGAGAUUUUUAAGAAAUCGUCUUAAGCUAGACCCCUAACUUCAAGAAGUUCCCAUUAUACUCUUUCUCGUCUUUCUCUUUUGCUAAUUUACAGAAAACGGAGCCCGGUUUACCCUGGGCUCCUCCACCACGCUCCCACAAACUGCCUCGUCCUUCCUAGCUGCAGCUGGUUAGUCCAAGGCUCCUGCUUCGAGUCAGCAUAGUAUCGUGGCUGUAAGCAACCUGGUGCUCCGGCCUGGAUAAGCCCCCUCUGCUCCUUACUCACACCUUCCAACCUCAGCCCCUCUGAUGAGGCCCUUGGGGACACAGCUCCCGGGGCUCCGGGAGGGGUCAGUCCCCUGCUCCUGAUCACCCAAACUUGUUUGUUUUAGCAGCAACACAACUGCCCCAUCCAGAGUGUCUGCUCCCUCCAUCGCUCCCUGCAGCUGUGAGCCAUAGAGGGUUCGAGUUAAACUGACUUUACAACAACCCCCCUCCCCCAUACACGCACAGUGUGCCGAUUCCCCUUGGGUUUCAGGAAGCCUCUCCUCCAUCACUACUCCAUCUCCAGAGCUGUCGGCAUCCACACGCUGUGUGAGCAGGUGUGUCCGUGUACUCUGCACACAGCUGUUCCGGAGGACUGCUCACUUUGAAACAACUUGCACAUUCCAGCACGCUUCACAGCAGAGGAAAUAAAGGAACAUAAGAAACACCCUGCUUGAACUUGACCAUGUGAACAGGUCCAGAAUAAUACCUUCAAGUCCUUUUGCAGCCCCUCCUCCUGCCUCCACCU